AUGGGGCUCUUCAGCACGAGUCUGAACGCCUCGAAGUUCGCGACGGCGCUGAAGCUCUGCCUCGGCCGGAUCAAGCUUGUGCAGAACAAGAAGACGGAGCAAAUCAAGAUCAUGCGCAGGGAGAUCGCAGAAAAGCUCCAAACGAAUCAGAUCGAGUCCGCGCGGAUCCGCGCGGAGGGCACGAUCCGCGAGACGAGCAUCCUGCGCGUCCUGGAGAUCGUCGAGCUGUUCAUCGAGCUGCUGAGCGUGCGCGUCCGCCUCGUGGAGAAGGAGCGGGACGUCCCCGUCGACAUGCGCGAGGCCGUCGCCUCCGUGAUCUUCUGCGCGCCGCGGCUCUCCACGGAGAUUCCGGAGCUGUCCAAGGUCUGCGCGCACCUCGCGACCAAGUACGGGCGCGACUUCGCGGCCGCGUGCCAGAGCGAGGCGCCCGGCGCGGCGGAGCCGCGCAGCGCCAAGAAGAAGCUGCCGGUGGAGGCGCGCACGUGGGUCAACGCCAAGGUUGAGAGCUACCUGACGCACGCCGCGCCGUCGAAGGAGCGGAAGAUGGAGGAGCUGCGGUCCAUCGCCGCGCAGUUCCACGUGGAGUUCGACGAGGAGGCCGUGGAGGCGAACUUCACGCCGCCGCCCGCGCAGGCCAUGCGCGACGCGCUGGCGGACAUUAUCGGCGCGCAGGGGGGCGACGGCGAGAGCGACGCGCCGGAGCUGCCGGCGAAGGGCAGUGCCGCGAGCCAGGAGGCGGCCACGCAGGCCGCGCGCGAGGCCGCGCAGGCCGCGAACGAAGCCGCGCGGGCGGCGCGGAGCGCGGCGGCCGCGCUCGAGCAGACGCACGCGACGAUGCGCGCCGCGGCGGCGCACCAGAGCAACGGCGAGCCGUACUAUCCGCCCGUCGGGCCCUCCGCGGGGUACGACGAGCCCGCGCUCGGGCAGCCCGUGCACGGGGGGCCCAAGGCGUACUACGACACCUGGGGCGACGCCGCGACGCCGCAGCCCGCGAGCCGCGGCGUGGAGUACGAGCCCGAGGGCAAGCCCGGGCACGUGGCGGCGGCGGGGGGGGUCGCGGAGGGGCACGCGGUGGCGUCGGCGCCGCAGGCGGAUGACUCGGACUCGGCGCACCUCCCCGAGGUGCCCCAGUCGCCCCCGGAGUCGGCGCACGUGACGCCCAAGUCGGCGGCGGCGCCGACGGACGGCGGCGACGGCGCUGCGCCCGCGGGGGACAGCCACAGCUCCCCCCUGGACGUCUCGGGGCUGCAGGACUCGGCGACUGAGUGGGGCACGCCCGGGGGCGCGGGGGGCGCGGCGGAGGGCGGUGGGCCAGCGGCGCCGGAGGAGGGCGGGAGCGGGGCCGAUGAGGACCUGCGGGACCGCCUCGCGAAGCUGCAGCGGCCCGGCGGCGACGCGCCCGACGCGUAG